AUUGAUGUAGAGGCGUCAGCAAAGAGCGUCGCGUCUGUUGAACGUUACGCACAGUGAGAUGGUAGCAUCGGUUGAAAUAAUUUUUAUAAUGGAAUUAAUUAUUUGUUAAUGACAUCACGACAUCGUCACGCAUUGAAAGUGAACAGCUAUAUUACCGUGAGGGCGCACUAUUUAUUUCCGAAAGAGACAUGGGCUCGACGUUUGCAAAAUUGUUGAGAGACAAUUGCCGCCCCGACAUUUUAGCAGAUAAUGUACGGCAGCUUGUUGGAAAGAAAAGAAAACGAAGCGAAGAACCCGAACCUGAAUUGAACGACCGAAUGCGGGCGCCCAAAAAGAAAAAGCUAAUGUGUACCCCAAAAUACAUUCACAAGACCUUGUUCACUGAGGGAAAGGGGAGUGAUGUGACUGUGAAUGCAUUGGACAAACAGUGGAAACUGCACAAAAUAUAUCUUUCUCAAAGUCCAUACUUUGCAAGUAUGUUUUCGGGGGCAUGGAGAGAAGCUGAUGAAGAUACUGUGAACAUAAAAAUUGUUGAUCCAAAAAUAACAGUCAGUGCUUUACAGACGGUAUUUGGAUCUUUGUAUAUGGAUGAAACUACUUUGGAGCCUUCUGACAUUGUUUCCGUAGUAGCGGCAGCAACACUUUUCCAGUUAGAGGGCAUUAUUGAGAAGUGUGGUGAAGUUAUGCUGGAAACCAUGUGUGCUCAGACGGCUGUUGUUUACUAUGAGGCUGCUUGUGAGUAUGGCCUCAAUGUAGUGAAGGAGAAUGCAUUUAAAUUCAUCCUAAUUAGCCUCCUGUCACGUCUCAAUGAGUUCCCUGAUCAGAUAAAGGCAAUCAGUGAAGAACUGAUGACAAAACUUGUAAGAAGUGUAGAUCUUUUUGUGAUAUCAUCAGAACUUUCUCUGUAUCUUUUCCUGAGGAAGUGGUUGUACCUGCGGUUGAACAUUCCACCUGAUCCAAAUGUGCCAGAUGGAGUAUCUCAGCCUUGCCAUUAUUUUCAAAAUAUAAGAAAAGGUUUGUUACCCUUUCUGUUGACUGAUGAGGGGAAGAAAUAUGUGGAAACAUUCCAAUCAUUGAGGUUACAACAUAUUAUUACUCAUUAUGCAGAUCUUGGAAUACUUGCAAAUGAUAAUAUAAUUCCACAAAACUGGUUAACACCAUUUUACCGCAUUCAGUGGAGUAAUGUCUUGCGCAUCAACCAAGGACUGGAUAAAGGACCAGAGGAGAUGAACAACCAAGAAUUUUGGGGAAGCUGCAUGCGUCUUGGUCGCGUUGUGCCAGAGCCUAACAGUAUGUGGCGGUGGAUGGACUUCAACAAUGGACUAGAUCUUGUGUGGUCGUGUGAUGCCUUGUCUGUUAAAGUUAAAAGGUCACACGAGACAGACAGUACAUUUCUGUUGAGCCAGGCACCGAGGCGGCACUUCAUGGUUAGGGUAAGAGUUGCCCAUUACGGUAACAAUGGGCAGCACCCAACAAUUGUCACCCAGUCAUCAGGAAUUAAAAAUAUUGCACUGUUUAAGAAUGAAGAGGUUGUAAUAAUGUGCCUUAGCAAGAAACUGAACUUCCCUCUAAUGGUAUCAGUGAACAUGAUUUCUGUGAAGCCUUCACCUGUCAUUCUGCCUAAUACUAUGGAGAACAAAAGUAUACAGUGUCCAGACAUGAUCUCAGAUGAUGCAGCACUAGACCAGGACGUAGUGGAGAAUUUGAUGUCAGAGAGCUUAGAACAUAUUUAUACAUCUACCUGUAUUACAAGCCAGGGAGAUGGGAUGUAAUGAUAUUCUCUGUGGUGCAAGCUGUUUCCAUAAUAAUCAAAUGAUCUGUGAUUUUUCACAAGUUGUUAUUUUCUGAGGUUGUGGUCAUAUUUAUGUUCUAUAUUUCUUAGACAGCUUUAUAUUGCAUUGUAGCAAAAUGCACAAUACAAUGUAUAUUUGUAUAAAUAUUCGUAUGAACACGUGUAAAAAUACAAAAAUCCACUUCUGUGGAAUGAUGAAUUUUCUAUUAAGUGCAAAGCUUGAGAAUAACAGACCAAAGAAAACAUGUGGCAGUCAUAUUUUAUUUGUGGUACCUAUGCUUUUACUGUAGUAUAUGUAAUCUGUUUAAAGUCAAAUUAACUAUGUAUUGCUUCGAAAAGACGAAAAAAGAAAAGGCGCACAACUCAUUUAUGUUUUUGUCAGAUGAGGGCAGCUUAUCUGCUUAUGUUCAGUUGUACUAUACAUGAACACUUUCAUACAAAAAAUAGGAAAAAAAUGGUUACAUAUUGCAAACUAUUAUGAGACAAUGUUAAAUAUGUAAAUCGACCUAAACCUUACACACAAGGCAGCUGAAACAAGUUACCUGACUAUUACUCUUGUUUCAAAAUACAGGAGUCUGAUGCACAGAUUGACACUUAUAUUUACUUGUAACUUGCUCAGAUGGAAUCAAAUUCAGAAAUUUGCAUCUUUAGUUAUUUUGUUUGACUGGCAUAUUUCUAUGAUGCCCAAAAAACAAAAUUUACCAAGGACACAAGUACAGUAACUUGAGAAACCUUUUCUUACUACAUUUGUGCAUCUGUUAGCCCUGGUGCAUUUGCCCUGGUGCAUUUGCUUCUGUCUUAGCAAUUUACUAAAAAGUUUUCUUCUUUUAUCUAGACAUUUUAAUGAUUUUCUAUGUAUCUGUGUUCCAAAAAAAGUAGUUAUAACAUCUAGUUUUAAGGAAGCUGCUGUUCGUAAUUGUAAUGAAGUAUAACUAAAGUCAUAAUUUUCUGCUAAGUAUAGAACAGAGAUUCCUUCAUCCAUCUCAGGAGAGGACAGGCUAAAGGAAAUGACAGUAAUCAGAAAUUAAUGAGAUAAUCUGAAUAAAAGGGAUCAAGGAAUGUGGGGAAAAUCACAAAUGAAAGUCUAGCAACAGAUGAGACCUAGAAAUUGAAGUGACGGCUGACAACUCCAAGAAGAGAAAAGUAGACUGAAAUUAGAAGCAUUGGUGAGCCAAAAAUGGACAGCGUAGGAAACAAAUGGAAACCGUGAACCUUCACCCCAUUUCACAAUUCUGACUCAGUAAUAUUGAAGUUUCAUUUUGGUGGUUAUUUUACUGAUAGACAGUGGUUUUCUUAAGUUAGAAUCUCUAUUGUGUGGCUGACAGGGAAAAGAAAGAAGUGGGAACAGUUGAGGCAGUAAUUUCUUUUUAGUAAUCAUGUUCCCUUAAGUUAUUCUUAAAUAACUGAAAACAGGCCAACUAAGGUCCACAUCAAAAGAACUAUUUAUUUCCCAUUUCCUGCACCCGUCUCUAAAACUCUUUUCUUCUCAUAAUAAGCUUGUUUUGUCUUACUCAGAUCAUUUGACUCCAGUUGUUUUUCUGUUUGUUUUGUGUUUCUGAAACUUUUGAAUUUAAUGGCUUCUAGUCUGAAGUAGUCUAUGUUGAGUAAGGCCUUCUCUGCAAUCUGAAUUUCUUCUGAUUCCCUUUUUGUUUUGCCUUUCCAUCCAUUUCUUUCAUCCUCUGUAGAGUGUAACCGUCUUUUCCCUGAUCUCAUCUGUUGUUUUAGGGCAGAAUGAGUAUAUUUCCUUAUUUGUUCUCAAAACUCAAUUUCCAUGUUUGUUCUUGAUUGCACCUAAUAUUUUUUGCAAGAUUCCCCUUUCUUUUCUAUAUCUUCUAGUGUCGUAUUUCAUCCAAACAAUAGUGACGUUUUCAAGCUGUAGAGAACUUUGGUUUUACUACUGUGUUAUAAUGUCUUAAUUUAACCUCUUUAGAAAAACAUUUUUUAAUUCUAGAGGUUUCUUGCUUUCAUGUAUGCCCUUUUAUUUUUUUCAAUUCCAAUUUUAAUUGCUUCUUUUCAUUUCUUCUGUUUAUAUUAUCACCCAGAAAUUUAAAGUUAUGUUUUCUUGAUAUUGCUGUACUUGGUUUUUAAAAUUCUUGAUGAGUUACUUUCAUUGGUCAUGUAUUCUGUCUUUUCAAAAGGCAUUUGCAGACUUCCCUUUUCAGCAGUCACCUUAUGAGCUCUACUCGUUCUUUUUUUUCAUGUAUUAUUAUCAUUAUGAGAGUGUGUGCAGUGGCCAAACAAUUUAUUGCUUCUCUCGGUCUACCCAGCUUUAUGUAAUUAUUAACUUUUUGUUUUUAUUCCUUUAUUUUCCACUCCCUUAUUAACUUUUACCAUCAAAAAGUUGGAUAAUCAUGGUGACAAAUUGUCUGCUUGCCUCACUACUGAUACAAUUUGAAAGGUACUAGAAGUUGUUCCAAGAAAUUUAACUUGUUUAAGUUUGCUUAUAUACUUCUGUAUUUUUCUUAUCUACUGCAAAUUCCUUCAAGGUUUUGAAUAGUAGUUGCUGUUUAUCGAAUCGUCAAUCUUAAGAUUUUGUUUUCUAAGGGCAGAAAUAAAAUUCGUCUCUGUAAAUAUUGAUAUUUUUGGUCCCCCUUUUUAUGAAAUGGGUGCAGGGCCAGUUAGAGAACAUUUUUCCAUACAAGCGAAGAAAGAAACAAUGCUAUUAUAAAAUUUUCUUCCAAAUCUAUCAGUACAUUCAUUUCUUCAUGUUCUUCAUCCUUCAACAUUUUAUGACAAGUUUAUGUGAUGUUUAAUUUUGUUAAUAUGAUAUAAAGUGAUUAACUAUUAACAUUACAGAGAGGAUGGCAAGGGGGGGGGGG